UUCAACAAUAUAUUUGGUAAUUUAACAAGUCACAAAGACGUAAAGAUUGAUAAUAUAUUAUUAAAAUAUCACUGUAAAAAUUGUCAAAAUAAUACUAUACCCUCCUAAUAAUUUAAAGCUAUAAAUAACCGGGUUUUUACCAAAAUAUUAUAACAACUAUCAUAUUAAAAAGAAUAUUAUCAAGAUAUCGUUAUAAUAUUAUCAAAUUUAAUAUGUUAUCUUUUAAUUCAACCAUUGUAACUAAAUAACGAUUUAUACUUUUUUUUCACUGUUUGAAAGCACACGUUGAAAUAAUUGUUACUGGUGUACUUGAAGUUUAUGCAGCGGUUUUUGACAUUGUGUCAUUAUAGUAGAAUAUAGUACUUGAUCAGCUGUGUAUGAAUAUAGUAUAUAUAAUAUAGGUAAUUAAAAACUGUUAAGUAUAUAGUGAGUAAUAACAAUUAGAAAAAGUGUUUGAAGAUUUUCGCCUUGUUACAAACAACAAAGUUACACACAUUUUGUGGAAGAAUUUGAAGUUGUUAGAACGAGUGUUGUUUAGACUCUGCUGUUUACAUUCAUUUGAAGUAUCAUACAGUUAUUGUUUUGUUGUUAGAACGAGUGUUGUCUAGACCCUGCUGUUUACAUUCAUUUGGAGAAUUUGAAGUAUAUAGAUUUAAUUUCUAAGCUUAUAUUAGAUUGUUAACUAUAAGCUACUACUUGGUUUUAAAAUGAUUUGUUUUAUAUGUGAAUUGAACUUUGGAAAUUGGAAAGCAUUAGUAUGUCAUUUUAAAAUAUUUCAUUCAUUAAAAAGCCAUAGUACUUAUAGAUGUGGCGAAGGUAAAUGUAAACAAUCUUUUCAGUCCUUAGCUACAUUUAAAAGACAUAUUCAUGCUAAGCACUUCCCAGAACUACAAUUAAUUUUUCAAAUUCCUGAACAACCUUGUACCAAUUCUUCACUACCAUCUCUUAACGCUGAAACUAGUCAUAGAAAUAUUCUUUUAACUGAAAAUGAAAAUGCUGAAAUUCCAUUUAAUUUUGAAGUAGUUAGUGAAUUGUUAUACAAGUCAGCUGUAGAACUGGUUGUUAAUUUACAUAGUAACAAUAAUUUUUCUAGAGUAGACAUUGUAAAUAUUCAAGUUGGUAUAGUAGAAAAGAUUUUAACUCCUAUUGUGUCCAUGUUAAAAAAAGUUGUAGAAGAUGAAAUAAAAGAGCCUAUUUUACUUUCUAAAUUUCACAGAGUUGCAUCCGUCAUCGAAAAUACUUUUCUUUACUGUAGCACUGAAUAUCGUUUAUUAGAUUGGCUUAUUAAUAAUGAAUUUUUGUCCAAAAUAAAUCAGUUUACUAUAAACAAUGAAAUUUGUCCAGUUCAACAUAUUGGUGAAACUAUAUUUGAUGAGAAAAAUACAACAGGUGCUUUAUUACCAUUAAAAUUCCAGUUUCAAAAAUAUUUUGAACAAGGUUCCCUGAUACUAGACUAUUUUAAAACACACAAUAAACUGAACGAUGGUAUACGGGCAACAUUAGUAGACAUACUUAUUGCACAAGUACUGUCCCAACAAAUACCUAUGUCAGUAAGUUUGGCAGAAUCACUAGCAAACCAAAUUAUUGCUAUGUUUAAAACAGAAGUUAAGGAUACAUAUUUCAUGAAAAUUGGUUGUAACAAAAAUCCCAAAGGGAAAUUGUACUCCAAGUAUUACAACUCUGUAAGAAAUAUGAAAAAUACUGGAUUAAUACCUACAACAAUCAUUAAAAACAAAAUAAUCACCGACAAAACACAGAAAAAUGGCUGGUUCGAAAAAGACUUAGUAUCUGAAAGUGAAAUAGAUUCUAUACUAGAUGUAUUGAAAUACAAUGACACUACAUUCCCAGAACUAGAAUCGAACUGGAAAGCUACUGUAAAUUAUAGAUUGAAUGAUAUUAAGAAUUCUGGAUCGACUACAGACAUUUUAAAGAAUUGGAAACAAUAUAAAGUUCCUUACGGCCAUAAAUUGAUUGAUAUUGAUUACAAUGUUCUAUUUCCUACUAAUAUUAAUAUAUAUCAAGACUUCAAGGACAAAUCGGAAAAAAUUUUUAAAUUAUUCGAUGAAAAAAUCAAAGAUUUAAACAGCCGAAAAAUAUUGGACACCUUAAAAAAUACAAAUGAAAUGAAUAUUAAUGAUAAUGUCAAAAAUUGUGUAUUGGUAUAUUUGCUGCAUGCUCUUUUUGCUCCCACUUCCAGAAAACUUACCAGAGAUGAAAAAGGAAAAAAGAAUGUAAUAAAGUAUUCAAUUAAAGAUUCACAAGACAGUUUAAUAGUAUUUGGUGAAUCCGUUGAUGUAAUGCAGCAACACUUAGAACAACUUAAAAGUCGCGGGGACCCUAUCCAACCAUUCAUUUUAGUUGUAGGAACUAUUUUUCAUCCUAAAGAAAUUUUAGUAUAUUUUGACACAAUUAUGUAUAAAGUGCAUUCUAUACUAAGGGCUAUAGAAGUAUGUUACAAAAUUUUCUACUUAUUCAACUUGGAAUACCCAAGUCAAUCAUCUAUUGUUUGGUUAUUCAUACAAAACUUCUUUUUUGGUGUAACAUCUAAAUAUGAUACUCCUCACCCAAAAUUAGUUCAAAUUUUAUAUGACUUAAAAAAUUAAUAAUUUUUGUAUUUUUCUAUAAUAAUAUUUUUAAAAACUUAAUUAAGUAUCACGUCCCCUUAAGCUGAAUAUUUUUUAUUACCUAUUUAUACUGAAAAGGAAUCAGAUUUAAAAUACAUAAAUUAACUGAUUGUAUUAUAAAUAUAACUAUACUACAUUUUUUUUUUACUGAAUUAGUAUUAUAAUAUUAUUCUAUUUGUAUUAUUAUUAUAGUAAGUAUACUUACUAAUUAACUGAUAAAAUACAGAUUUUUUUUUAUAUAUAUACCU